CAAAGUCAACUUGCUAUCAGCUUCACCAGCGCCAUUUAUACACUAACCCUCCCCUUCAGAACGGCCUUAAAGAGAGACGAACGUGCCCGCGCACAGCCAGUCUUCCGCGGCUCAGCUCAGCAACACCACAUCUUCCGAAGGCACCCAGCACCUCGGACGCCAUGUCGAAGUUCAUCGUGCUUCUACUGCUGUGCGCAGCAGCCAUCGGUGUCCGGAUGCCGGACUUGUUCGAAGGCUGCGUACGGGAUACAAGCGACCAGGCGUGGCCGGGAGGCUGCACCCUGGUGUCGGAUGCCCUCGGGAACCAGUCCUUCGUGAAGUAUGCCGAGCAAGUUCUGAGGACACCAGACCUCCAGCCGCGCACGGGUUAUCUCAACGGCCUGCUUGGAAUGACUCGCGUCGCAUUUCAGCAUUCCGAAGAUGAGUUGGACGGAAUGAUCGUUCGAGCGGAGUUCGCCACCGCCCGAAGUGCCUGCAUUCGCCAUGGCGACUACCCCAAUGCUGUUUGCCCACCUGCUGUGUCUAAGCCAAAUGGGGUGUGUCAGGCAUUGUACUCGAGCAUGUACGAUGGCUCCAUUCUUCUCCAGCUUGCCUGGUGCAAGCCCCUACAGUAGGCCUACGAGCUGCCAAGCAAGACUCCGCUUUUGUGGCCCUCUGAAGCGCAAACGUACAAGGCGUGUUAGCCGCAGUCUUAGAAAUGAAUAAAGUGUGAACACUUAUCAAA